UGGACUGUUGGGUGGGCGCAUAUUCGUGUCGCUACCUGCAUAAAGGAAAGGUGUGAAGUACAACUCUGAUGUCUCACUGCUGCCGCUUGCCAGGCUAGUGACAGAGUAGUGUUGGACUCCGCAUCAGUGAACAUGGCACAGCACUGUGUCAACUCAUGGCGGCCACAUCUUCGUGGUGAAGUGCGAGGUACCUGGUCCUUGAUCUGCUGGCCUGCCAUGCAUGUGGUGUGUUUUCUCCUUACUCUCUUGUGUUGCCACACAAUCACUGCCAAUGCAAUGCUGUCGUCAGUUGGCAAAUCGAUCGACAACUCUUUGUCCAUGACAGAACUGUCACCGGAACAUGAUACCGAGUGGACAACAAGGCCAGCGGAAGCCGUGACAAUAAUUUCACCCUCCUCGCUGAAGGAAACCCAUGAUCUAGUUUGUGAAGCAUGCUUGGGCGGAGGAGAUUCCACGGGCAAUUUGACAGACAGUGGCACGGUGAUCGAUUGGUCUGGAGGUGAAUCGUCGACUGAAUCCUGGACAGCUAAAACAACAACAACAACACAAAUUGCCGGUGAUAUUUCCUGGUGUGGCGGUGGUGUCCUUGUCCAGAGUGCAGUGCAGGUUACGACGUCUGAACUGCUGGAUAACCGUUACAUGCACUGCUGGAUUAGUGUCAGGCAACGUAACAGCACGGCCAUGCAACUUAAGAUCUUCCUGUUGAACCCGUCAUUUGCCGACGCUCACAGUAGUGGUGCACACCGGAGGAACACUGUCAAUCUGGAAACUGAUCUGGAAGACAUAGUACUACCGUGCUGGUCCGUUAGGAACAGGCCAGGGGGGUCAACCCUGAGCUGGUCAGCUAAAACACUGCAUGAGCUCAACCGAUGGGAACUCAACUAUUCGCUUACAACCAUCACAACUACCUUCCCGAUGUUCAAAAGGGCAGAUCCACUGAUCGGCAUUAGAAAAGAGCUGUCCGUGGAUAUACUUCGGGUCAACCUGUUUGGCCAGGGCCAUAAGAUUGCGACACCGUGUCCACCCCCGGGUGCCCGUGCGCCGCUGAAAUUGACCUGUACGGUUCACACUGGUCACGCCGGAAGUCCUCGGGCCAUGCGCAUCAAAUCAACAGUACUGUAUUCAGGUCCUAUCAGAACAGUGUUUCUCUGCCCGCAGCAUGACAUUGGUGCCAUGGUCAACAGCAGAGACAGCCUUACACCUGUCAACUGUUACUCACCUGUAACCUACGGCCAGCACGCAGUGCAGUGGCUACACAACACUCACACAUUUAAUAGCAGUGCCUUAUCUACUAUGUGGACCGUCUCCACCCUGGAUGGCAAUGGUGUUGCCGGCACGAUCCGUACAAGGGCAGAACUGUCCGUUCCGGCUAUUGAAGAUAGUGGGAUAAUAUCAUGCUCCAUCAAAGAUGCUAAUGGUCAAACCUUCACAUCGAAUCCAACAGAGAUUACUGUUGUCCGUAACCCCGGUGAGAUUGCUCCCACUGUACUGCCAUUGGACAUAACAUUCUCCUGUGAGCCUCCGCCGCUAUCCGUGUCAGUGAAUGCAACUGUACUGGAGUACACGGGACGUCCCGCAGAGUUCGUCCUCUUCAAUGACGACAACAUCACUGCACGGGUGUCCACGCCGGACCGGGAGCUAGUUCGGCAUAAUGACACGCUGCACUACCGGUACACGAUGUGGCUGCACGUCCACGGAACUGCUGCCGGUGACUUGAAAAGUCUGAGAGUGGCUUUCAAGCUUUCUGGACAAUGGAGUGAGCCUCAACUGAUCUAUUUGCCUCUGAAAGAGGCAGAUAGCAUCAACUCAUGUGACCCAGUGUCACCAUGGCCUGACGAUACUGAGACUAAUGGGAAUGAUAAUGGGAAUGAUACAGCUGGCACACUCCUCUCUGAUGCAGCCACGCAGGGAAAGGACACGCAUGUCUCAAGACCUGCUUCACCGUCCGUGACACCUUCUGAACUUCACAGCUCCUCAAGUCAAGUGCUGAUUAUCUUGAUCUGCGUCCUCGGGGCCAUCGGCUGCUUCAUAGCGCUGGCUAUGUAUGCGGCAUUCCAGAGGAGAAAGCAACAGAGCAUCACUUCAAAAGGCGUGUUCCACAAGUCACACAGUGCAACUGACAUAUCAUGUGUAGAAGAGCACACUAAGCCAGCGCCAUUCCAUCCAGUGGGAGCCAAUGGCGAUCUGGCAGCAUUCCUGGAUGCUGACUGGCACAUACCCUCACAGCAUCUGUCUUGCAUAGAGCCACUGUCCUGCGGGGAGUUUGGCGAAGUUAUGCUUGCACACUGUCAGUCGAGCACUGAACAGUGUCGGGCAACCACUAUAGUUGCUCUGAAAAAGGCUAAAGACACCAAGAACCCGACAAGCCAAUCUGAUCUUCUGCAAGAGACUGCCAUAUUGAAGCUGUGUGCUAAACAACAGCAUCCGCACAUAGUUGACUUCCUAGGCGUUUCCGUGCUCGAUGGUCAAGGCACUGUUGUACUGAAGUAUGCACAUCAUGGCAGUCUUAAAGGGUUCCUGUUGCGCCGUAGGCAAAGGAUGCAAGAAGAAGACAAGGCCAGCUGCACCACGAGUGGAUCUUCCUGGGCUUUGGAUGGCGAGUCCUAUUUCUACUCCAGCAGCAGCAGCACACAAACGUUCCCUCCAACUCCUGUACUGGAUGAGAAGCCAAUCCCUGAAAACUGUCCAUCACCAGGAGCCAUUGACAAGUUUACAUGUGAUGAUACUGGCAAUAUCAGCUUAUCUUCGCCUCCUGAGCUUGAGCACACGAGCAGCAUUAUCAAUGAGAGCAGCAGUGCCCACCUAAGAGAAUAUGAUAUUUACAGAUACGCCUUGCAGAUUGCCCAGGCAAUGGAAUACCUGGCAUCACUUCAGUGUGUGCACCGAGAUCUUGCCGCUCGCAACAUACUCAUUGACGAACAGUAUCGCUUGAAAGUGGCCGACUUUGGUCUCGCUCGUCAGCUGUGCCGCCCUGGAAGUUGCUAUGAGGUCGUGUACGGAGAACGAAGCAUACCGGCCAAGUGGCAUCCGCCGGAAUCUCUUCUACAGCGUGUCUACUAUCUGAAGAGUGACGUAUGGUCAUUCGGUGUCUUGCUCUGGGAAAUCUCUACUCUAGGGGCUGUACCGUAUCAAGGUGUACCAUCAUCGUCGCUAGGACAUCACCUGGCUCUUGGACAUCGCUUGCAGCGUCCACCCGUUUACUCACAGGACCUGUACGAGAUGAUGUGCAAAUGCUGGAGUAUCGAGCACGCGAAGAGGCCAUCAUUCAAGCAGCUUGCAUGCCAUGCACAGUGCCAGCUCAAUGAUCAAAAUCUCUUGGAGAGCGACGAAUUUGUCAAGUACACCCCGAUGGUCGAAUGAGACGGUGUGUUGCAGUCAUGCCACUGUCACGAAUCGAUCGUGCCCUAGACCACUGUGCUUAGCAUCAUACUCUGACUGGAAUCCAAGCCGGAAGCGGGCAGUGUGCACGAGAAAUGAUUGCCCGUUUUUUUUAACUGGUUCUCUCAAGCUUUCUAUGCAUACCCGCACUGCACGCACACUUACCUUCCGGUACAUACGUACAUGUGGCCCAUCAUUGCCUGCUCUCACGCUUUACUAAUUCUAAGUCACCGUACGUAUGUUAUCCUCUGCUGGCAGCUAGCCCCACAGAUUGUUUUGAUCAUGCAUUACAUACUGGAAACACGGUUCAAUCGUGAGGUAGGCCCAAUCAGCCUGUGUUGGCAACCGUCUGUAAACAUUCCCUCUUCUUUCAAGGCUUUGGCAUGUCGAUGAUCAAACUGCCACAGCAAAUACCUGUAGUAACAAUUCUCACUGACAUUAACUAAUGCAUCAUGUGCACGUUGCCUUGUUCACAUUCAUAAUCUUGACUGUGU